AUGAUCUGUUUGCUUAAUAAAGACGAAGAAACAUACUUUCAUUCACCUACUCGAACCUUUCACGCCAUUGAUUUAGCAUUACGUUCACCAAAUCUCUUACCUUUUUUGAACUUUUCACUUGCUCAGAUCACGGAUGAUAUAGUCACACAUGAUACUAUAAAUACAGCAGUUGUUCGGGUUACGUCUGUAAUUCUCCAAGUGGCAGAAGAUAGUAUACUCAAGUCGUCAAGUUCGCUUCCUCGCUAUUGCAAGCCGUGGUGGAAUGAGGAAUGUGCUGCUGCUUACAAAAAGCAGAGACGCUUGUGGAACUUCUUCCGACUUUAUCCUAAUACUGUUAACCUUUUAGCCUUUAAACGGGCUAAAGCAAUAGCACGAAAGGUCAGGCGCAAUAGUCAGCGAGAUUCUUGGUGCCGUUACGUCUCUUCUAUAACAUCUACUACUUCUCCCAGACAAGUUUGGUCGAGAGUCAAAAGGGCUAACGGCAUAUACCGUGAAUUUCACCAUCCGGUAUUCAAACGAAACGUUACCAUUUACUCAUCUCCUGUCGACGUCUGUAGUAUGCUUGGUGACACAUUUGCUGCUGUCUCUAGUCUUGAGAGUUACAGUAGAGCAUUUCAAUACCAUAAGCAGAUCGCCGAACGAAAUAACAUCAACUUUAAUACGCGCCGCCUCUUCCACUAUAACAGUAAUUUUGAUUUUGUAGAAUUACAGAGAGCACUUUAUCAGUCUCAUAAUACAAGCCCUGGUCCUGAUGGUAUCACCUAUCACAUGCUCCGCCACUUAGAUCGGACGUCGUUGUCAAAUGUUCUCGUUCUAUUCAAUAGAAUAUGGACGGAACAAACGUACUCUUCAGGUUGGCGUGAAGCAAGUGUGAUACCCAUAUUAAAACCAGGUAAAGACCCUAAGGAUCCUAUUAACUAUCGCCCUAUAGCUUUAACCAGCUGUCUUGGGAAAACGUUUGAGCGGAUGGUCAACUCUCGCCUGGUAUACUACCUCGAAAAAAAUCAUCUCAUACCUGACUUCCAGAGCGGUUUUCGUAAGGGAAGAUCCACGAUUGAUAACAUCGUUGCUCUUGAGUCAAGAAUUCGUAACGCCUUUGUUCGACGUAACCAUUUCGUCUCUAUCUUCUUUGAUAUUGAGAAGGCUUACGAUCGGACAUGGCGGUACGGAAUUUUGAAGACACUCUACGACAUGGGACUUCGUGGAAAUCUACCCAUCUUUCUCAAGAACUUUCUGUCGAAGCGGUAUUUUCGAGUAAAGCUGGGAACUACAUUUUCUGAUCUCUUCAGUCAGNAUGGGUAUUAUUUUCCACAUUCGGCCUCUUCUGAUACUAACGAAGUAGAGAAUGCUGUGAAGAUGAAGGAUACCAGGUCUAGGGCAAAUCUAAAAAUCAUCAAUAGAGAUUGUCCAGAGAAAUUAAACUUUGAUGGAUGA